UCUCGGCAGCUCUCGCAGGCGGUGGAUCAAGUUCGAAAGGAAGCUCCCAAGUUUGUGCCAUUUGAAAAAGAACAACAAAAUUUGAACUCUUGGCAACAGUCUGUGGCCAGAGCUUAAGUACCUUUAUGUUCUCCGCGUAAACAUCAGUACUGCUAAAAAAGCAAUACGAAAUAAAAACCUUAUCAGAAAAUAGAACCCGGUGUCGGGUGGAGUGAGUUAAGUGCAUUCGGUAAAAUUUUAAUCGAUUUGGAAGAUGGCCCCAACGGCUACUGGUGGCGAUAUCCUGGGGCUAUUCAACGACCAGCAACCCCUGGUUUUCUUCGUCAAUGGAAAGAAGGUCGUCGACUCCAGUCCCGAUCCCGUAUGCACCCUUCUGGUGUACCUGCGGGAUAAGCUACGCCUGUGCGGUACCAAGCUCGGUUGUGCCGAGGGAGGCUGCGGUGCCUGUACCGUAAUGAUCUCCAAGAUCGAUCGCUCCACCAAUCGGAUUCACAAUCUGGCUGCCAAUGCGUGUCUUACGCCGGUCUGUGGCGUUCACGGGAUGGCCGUUACCACGGUGGAAGGAAUCGGAAGUACACGCACCCGUCUCCAUCCGGUCCAGGAACGUCUCGCAAAAGCCCACGGAUCGCAGUGUGGAUUCUGUACUCCGGGAAUCGUCAUGUCGAUGUACGCUCUGCUGAGAAAUUCUUCGGUGCCUUCGAUGAAGGAGCUGGAAGUGGCCUUCCAGGGAAAUCUGUGCCGAUGCACCGGUUAUAGACCAAUUAUCGAGGGAUACAAGACAUUUACACAGGAAUUUGGAGUUGCUCAGAAUGGAGUCUGUGCUAUGGGCGACAAAUGUUGCAAGAACCGUAACGGAGAGUCAAACGGAUGUGGGGUAGAAGUUGACGAUAAACUAUUCGAGGCCAGUGAAUUCGCACCCUUCGAUCCCUCUCAAGAGCCGAUUUUCCCUCCGGAAUUGAAACUAUCCAAUACACUGGAUGCCGAAUCGCUUGUUUUCCGUGCAUCUACUGUUAAUUGGUAUCGACCUAGUAAUCUAGAGCAUUUUCUAGCUAUCAAGAAGCGUCACCCUGAUGCGAAGAUCAUUGUCGGAAAUACGGAAGUGGGUGUUGAGAUGAAGUUCAAGAACUUUGAAUACCCGGUGUUGGUGUCCCCGGCACAGAUCAAAGAGCUAAAUUGCAUUGAGAAGCUCCAAGGAGGAUUGAAAAUUGGAUCGUCUGUAACCUUGAUGGAGAUGGAGCGAGUCUUGCGGGAAGAAAUCAACACACGACCGGAAUUUGAAACUCGAUUGUACAAAGCUGUCGUGGAUAUGUUGCACUGGUUUGCCGGGAAGCAAAUCAGAAAUAUGGCUUCAGUGGGUGGAAAUAUCAUGACUGGCAGCCCGAUUUCGGACUUAAAUCCGAUCUUCACCGCCGCUGGUAUUGAAUUGGAAGUUGCCAGCCUAGAUGGUGGAGUUCGCAAGGUACACAUGGGAGAUGGAUUCUUCACUGGAUAUCGUAAAAACGUCAUCCGGCCUGAAGAAGUACUCGUAUCGCUAUUCAUCCAAAAAACAAACGCAGAUCAACACUUCAUUGCCUACAAACAGGCGAAACGGCGAGAUGACGACAUCGCCAUCGUUAAUGGAGCGUUCAACAUAAUGUUCAAACCGGGAACUGAUGUCGUUGAGCAGGCUCAUCUAUCCUUUGGUGGAAUGGCUCCAACGACUGUAUUGGCCAAGAAAACUGGUAUCGCACUGGUCGGUAAGAAGUGGGAUAGCAAGCUGGUCGAACUGGCAAAUGAAAUGUUGAUUGAAGAGCUUCCUCUGAGUCCCAGUGCUCCGGGAGGAAUGAUUCUCUACCGUAGAUCGCUGACCCUGAGUUUGUUCUUCAAGGCCUAUCUGUCCAUCAGUGAUGCACUCUCACGCUCAGUUGUGGGUCAUGCACCCGUACAAGAUCGAGAAAGAAGCGGCGCCAAAACCUUCCACACUUUGGUCCCAAAGAGUGCCCAACUCUUCGAGAAGGUAUCCACAGAUCAACCGAUCACUGAUCCAAUCCGAAGACCUCAGGUUCACGCUUCUGCAUUCAAACAAGUCACCGGCGAAGCAGUUUACUGCGACGACAUACCCAAGUACAGCAAUGAACUCUACCUGGUAUUUGUUACCAGCACCAAGGCGCACGCGAAGAUAGUCUCGAUCGACACUUCGGAAGCACUAGCGAUGGAAGGAGUUCAUCGAUUCUUCUCCGCAGCAGAUCUAACCGAUGAGCAAAAUGCAUGUGGACCGGUAUUCCACGAUGAAUUCGUAUUCUGGAAGGACUUGGUCACCAGCCAAGGUCAGAUCAUUGGUGCCAUCGUGGCUGAUAAUCAAACGAUCGCGCAGAAAGCAGCUCGGAAGGUAAAAGUAGUCUAUGAAGAGCUGACGCCGAUCAUUGUUACAAUCGAGGAUGCCAUCAAGAGAGAAUCAUUCUAUCCAGGCUACCCGAAGGGUAUCGUCCAAGGGGAUAUCGAGAAGGGCUUCCAGGAAGCACAUCAUCUAAUUGAAGGAGACUUUAGGAUGGGUGGUCAGGAGCACUUCUACCUGGAAACUCAAGCUUGCGUUGCCGUUCCGAGGGAUUCGGACGAGAUCGAUGUGUUCAGUUCUUCACAACAUCCGACCGAGAUUCAACAGCAUGUAGCUCAUGCUUUGGGCAUUCCAUCGUGCAAAGUCGUUUCACGCGUUAAGCGACUGGGCGGUGGUUUCGGAGGAAAGGAAUCCCGCGCGGGUCUGAUAGCCACUCCGGUAGCGCUGGCAGCUUACAAACUUCGACGCCCGGUCCGUUGCAUGUUGGACCGGGAUGAAGAUAUGGUCAUCACCGGCACCCGACACCCGUUCUACUUUACGUACAAGGUGGGCGUGGCUGAAAAUGGACGCAUCCUGGCCGCCGACUUUAAGGCGUACAAUAAUGCAGGCUAUUCGAUGGAUUUGUCUUUUUCGAUUCUCGAGCGAUCAAUGUUCCACAUUCAGAACGCAUACAAGAUUCCGAAUCUACGCGUUCAGGGUUGGGUUUGCAAGACGAAUCUACCCUCGAAUACGGCAUUCCGAGGCUUCGGUGGACCGCAGGGAAUGCUCGCAGCUGAAACGAUGAUGCAUCACGUGGCCAGAGUUCUCAAACGAGACUACGCUGAACUGGCUGAGUUAAACAUGUACCAGGAGGGCGAUAAGACGCACUACAAUGAACCGAUUGAGAACUGCAAUGUUCGAAGAUGUUGGCAGGAAAUGAUGGAGUCGUCCAACUUCAAGGAUCGUCGAUCGGAGGUUGAAGACUUCAACAAACAACACCGUUGGCGCAAACGUGGUAUCAGUGUGGUACCUACCAUGUUCGGAAUAGCCUUCACAGCAGUUCAUUUGAACCAGUCCGGUGCGUUGAUUCACGUUUAUCAGGAUGGGGCCGUUCUCCUGUCCCAUGGUGGAACUGAAAUGGGUCAAGGUCUGCACACCAAAAUGAUUCAGGUUGCAGCUACGACCUUAAAGGUACCAUUCGAUACCAUUCAUAUUUCGGAAACGUCAACGGAUAAGGUUCCAAACACUCCCGCAACGGCAGCUAGCGCAGGUUCAGAUCUGAACGGUAUGGCAGUUCUGAAUGCUUGUAAAACGAUCAACGACCGUCUUGAACCCUACAAGAAGCAGUUCCCCAACAAGGACUGGAAGUUCUGGGUCAACAAGGCAUAUUUUGAUCGAGUGUCCCUUUCCGCUACCGGAUUCUAUGCGACUCCGGGUAUUGGGUAUGACUUCAGUACCAACUCUGGAAAUCCAUUCAAUUACUUCACAUUCGGAGCUGCAUGCUCCGAAGUAGAAAUUGAUUGCCUUACCGGUGAUCACCAGGUGAUUCGGACGGAUAUUGUAAUGGACCUUGGAUCCAGCAUCAAUCCCGCCAUCGAUAUUGGUCAAAUUGAGGGAGGUUUUAUGCAGGGCUACGGACUGUUCACGCUGGAAGAGAUGGUUUACUCACCGACCGGAACGACCUAUUCGCGAGGACCAGGAGUGUACAAAAUUCCCGGAUUCGCCGACAUUCCCGGAGAGUUCAAUGUUUCCCUACUGACGGGAGCACCGAACCCGAGGGCGGUCUACUCAUCGAAGGCCGUAGGUGAGCCACCGCUAUUCCUCGCUUCAUCGACGUUCUUCGCCAUUCGGGAUGCGAUCAGUGCUGCGCGGAAGGAGGAGAACCUGGACGAUGACUUUAAUAUGGUUUCACCGGCAACUUCGUGCAGGAUUCGAAUGGCAUGCCAGGAUAAAAUUACGGAAAAGUUCAUGGAGGCCGCAGCCGGUUCGUUUACACCAUGGAAUGUUAUGCCCUAGGCUGGCAAGUGAUACUGCUUAAAAAGGAACCAUUUUUGUUAGGAUUUGUAUAUUGAUAAAUAUUUGAAAAUAAAGGUUUUAUGCUUCAAUGAUUUUAGAA